GUGCACGUCACAUCGUUACCAACUUGUAUAAAAUAUAACGAAUUGUUAGCUUGAAGGAAUAAAAGUUUGAAGCUGGGUUGGACACACUAUACUACAUGGAUAUGAAGAUGAGAAUGUACCUUAUAGCCUGUUUGCUGCUGGUACUGAUGGCAAACACUGCAUCAUCACUGCGUUGUUACACGUGUACUCAAAGUACACAAGGGGCAUGGAACGUGAGCAUAUGCCAGAGUGAUCCUGCAGAGGUUGUGACCGAAUCACCCAUUACAGACUGUGCUAACAGUACUUUCUGCUACACACUUCUUCAGAUGGAGGAUGGGCUGGUUACGUCCUUUGAAAGAGGUUGUGGAGUAGAAAAUAUGUCCAACAAAUCGGAAGAGUGCAUCGAAUCCAAGAGUGGUAUUAGAUGCGACUGCGCCACACAGUGCGAAACUGACGAGUGCAAUGACGAUGCUGGCAUCCCUGCUGGAUACACAUCGCCCUGCCUUAAGCCCCGGUCACAACGGAUCAUGCAUGCAGAACAACCUCAUUUGCAGGGCAUAGAAGGUAAGGAUGUGGAAGUGAAUCCGUAUAUAACGAUCAUCGUGCUCGUUGCCGGCGUCGUCGGAGGACUCACCGUUGUCAUCUGCGUCAUCAUCUUCUGCAAGUACUGCAUCACGAACAAAAACGUACUGAAAAGGUAA